CUAAGGCCCGGUUUCCAUUUGGUCGGUAGCUGUUGCUGGCACGACAAGUGACUGAUUUAAUACAAUAUCAACAUAUAUCUGCAAUCAUUAAAGUCUGAUUUUCACACAAGAUACAAAAGACAAGAUAAAUUUAGACUAUCACUUGUACCACUUGUUAUGCCCCCAACAGCUAAGGACCAGGGGCCGAUUGUAUAAAAAGUAGUUAAAGUUAACUACAGUCAGCGCGAUAGUUGCCCAAUUAGAAUCGAGUAUAUGAGAGUUAACCAUAUUUAACUACAAAUUUGAUUUUGUUUUGUAUUAUAAUCAUUGGUUACUAUUGUGCUUAAUUGUAGGUAUGAGCGUGAAGGAGUAGUAUGUCCAUCCCAGUUAAGAAAAGGGUUAUUCACCACAUCUGCUGUGGACAACAUUGACCACAACACCAGUUCGACCACCUCACAGACAUUGUUCCACGGGACGGCCAUUUCCCUUGUCCAACACCCCACCACUAACAACCAAGGAACCCCAAGAGCUACGGACACGUUUGACCCCACUGCGUUAACUACCACCAAGACAAUAGCUCACCUCCCAUCCAGUUACACUGAAAUAGCUCCUAUGACACAGCCCAACGGUGACUUGUAUGCUCCACGUGUUCCCUGGCACCUCCCACCCCUCCUGACUCUAGCCUGA